AUGUUUCGUUUCAACCAAACCCUCCGUGCAGCACUGGCAACGCCAAAGGAUAUCGCAGCUGCUCUCCGUGUACUAGGAUUGGACACCAACAGCGCGAAUAUCAGUAGCGAGGCAGUAAGAGCACAGUAUCUGAGACUUGCGCGGCUCCAUCACCCAGAUAUCAGCAGUGGUGAUGAUCAGAAGAUGAAGAUUAUCAACACAGCGUAUGAGAUGCUUCAGAGCAGCGGCGCUUUAAACCCAAAGGCCGCCAGUACGUCAGGUACGGCGGAUGAAGACAAGGAAACAAAACCAGGCGACACUGUAGAAAAUGCAAAUGGUGGUCGGUUCUCCCCUAAGGCUGGACGACGACGGCGAAGGGUGCCGGAUGAUUUUGCGGACGGUGACAGGUGGGACAUGAAGUCGACGCUCGAGUGGCGUGCUAUGACAAUGAUGGGAGCCGGGUCCGUGAGCGAGGAGGAGCUCCGCAACCCCGCAAAUCACCCGUUCAGCCACAGUAAAUUUUUUUCGUUCGAGGAGGACGUAACGAUCUACCGUAUGAUACGCGGCGGCGCGACGAUACGCCAAGUGGCUCGUACACUAGGGAAGGCCCCAACAUUUGUGGAGCGGCGCCUGCAGAACGCGCAGUUCAAACAGCGGGUGCAAUAUGUCAUGCGGCAUGAGAAGCGUCAAGGGCUGAAGGAGCGAGCUUCGGGGACGGGGGCGAACUCUGGUGGCUUUAACAUGACAGAGCGGCUGUUUGGGACAACUACCGGCGGGAACAGCCGCGGGCGGGAAGGUCACCGGAAGAAGGAGUGGGAACCAACCGCUCUCGAUGGUGAGGUUCCUGCUCACUUCGCGGAUAUGAGUCUCGAGGAGAAGGGCCUCCACGCCCGACUAAUGCAAGAGGAAAGGCGGCAGCAGCAACUUCCCUCCUGGGGCGUAGUGGCGUCGAAGGUGGGAAGGUCGUAUUCAAAUUACGCGCGAUUCACUGGGAAUUACAAAAAGACGUGA